AUGGCGACCACUACGUCGGGCCUGACACGGCGUCGAGGCGGCGCUGGAGGGGACGGGGAUACCAACGGCGGCAGCGGCAUCGGGUCGCGAACCAAUUCGUCGGCUAACGUCCGGGGCAACGGGGCGACCAGCGCGGGGCCGGAGACCAACUACGAGAGCGGCGAGAACGGCCACAAGAUCGUCUUCGACCCGCGCGAUAUGAGCGAGAGCGCCGAGCGCAGCAAGCAGCCCAAGCUGACGCUUAUGGAGGAGGUGUUGCUACUAGGGCUGAAGGACAAGCAGGGCUACCUCUCCUUCUGGAACGACAACAUCUCGUACGCGUUGCGCGGGUGCAUCGUCCUCGAACUGGCCUUCCGUGGCCGCAUAGCCAUGCAAAAGACGCCCUCGAGGCGGAGCUUCCCGCUCCCCGACCGCAUCAUCGAGGUAAUCGACGACACACUGACGGGCGAAGUGCUCCUGGACGAGGCGCUCAAGAUGAUGAAGACGAGCGAGAAGAUGAGCGUCAGCAGCUGGAUUGACCUGAUGAGCGGCGAGACAUGGAACCUCAUGAAGAUCGGCUACCAGCUCAAGCAGGUGCGCGAGCGGCUGGCCAAAGGCCUGGUAGACAAGGGCAUCCUGCGGACCGAGAAGCGCAACUUCCUGCUGUUCGACAUGGCGACGCACCCGGUGGUGGACAACGGCGCCAAGGAGGAGAUCCGGCGGCGCGUGCGCAACAUGCUGACGCAGCGCACCGUCGUGCUCAACGGUUCGCAGUGGCUGCCCGAGAACCUCGAGUUCCGCCACCUGCGCACCGUCGCCAUGGUGUGCGCCGCCUAUGCCGCUAACGUGCUCGAGAACGCCCUGUCCACCCUCGGCCACGAGGCCCGCGAGAAGGCCUUCAACCAGACCGACGAGCUGCUCGCCGACUACAGCCAGUGGCCCUUUGGCCGCAAGGCCACCGGCAACGACAUUGGGGAGAACCUGCCGCAGGUUAUUGCCGAGGAAAUCAACAAGUCUCCAGAGAAGGAACUCCAGCUAGAAGUCGUAGCGGCCUGCCUCAGCGUCUUCACACGCCUUGACUCCCUUCUCUAG